UUAGACUGUAAUGUUGUGACACCGUCACCUAUCAAAUGUCAUAAGUCAGUCACACAUUUGAACUACUACCAAAUUUAUUACUUAAAUUGAUAAAACAUCAACUAUUUUUAGUUGUUUUUGUGAUUACACCCUUCACAACAAUCGAAAUAGAUUGAUAACAGUCCAGUUUGAGCGACCACGUGUUUGUUGCGUGACCCUUAACUGACCUUCACCUGACACAACUCCAAAAAUAUUACAACAGUUUCGCCGGUUAUAACGUGAUAAAUCAAGUUUUGGCAGAAGUAACGUCAAAAAGUGCAUCAUUGCCCAACGAGAGGUCAGUCAGGGUGACAGUGAUACUGAUAAAACAAAUAUUUAGUGUUCAUUCAUUCCCUAUCUCUUUAACUCAGCACAACAUGUCUUUAAAACAAACUGUGAAUCUCCUCGUUGUACGCAAAAACGGCAUUAAUGCCAUCAAACAAAGAUCCAGCUCCUGGUGGUCCCAAGUGGCCAUGGGCCCCCCUGAUGCCAUCCUAGGGGUGACCGAAGCCUUCAAGCGUGACACCAACCCCAACAAAAUCAACUUGGGAGUCGGAGCUUACCGUGACGACACCGGCAAGCCUUAUGUUUUGCCCUCUGUGCGUAAAGCCGAGGAAAAAAUGCGAGCGAAAAAUUUAGAUAAGGAAUAUGCCCCCAUUUCGGGGUUCUCCGAGUUUUGCAACGCUGCGAUCGAGCUUGCGUUAGGGGACAACUCCGAGAUCAUAUGUAAUGGACUCAAUGCCACCGUUCAAGGCAUUUCCGGAACAGGUUCACUCCGAGUGGGGGCUGCUUUCCUUAAGAAUUUUUUCCCAGGAAACAAAACAGUCUAUUUACCCAAACCGACAUGGGGGAACCACACACCAAUCUUUAAACACACGGGAUUGGACGUCCAGUCGUACACUUUUUACGAUCCCAAGACUUGCGGGCUUGACUUCAAAGGAGUUCUGGAUGACAUCAAUAAAAUCCCCGAAAGGUCUAUAAUCCUACUCCACGCAUGUGCUCACAACCCGACGGGGGUGGACCCCAACCUAGAUCAGUGGGCGGAACUCUCCUGUCUCAUCAAACAACGCAACCUAUUUCCCUUCUUCGACAUGGCGUAUCAAGGCUUCGCUUCCGGUGACAUAGACAAAGACGCCCAAGCUGUGCGACUGUUCAUCAAAGACGGCCAUAAAAUCGUCCUUGCUCAAAGCUUCGCCAAAAAUAUGGGUCUGUACGGUGAAAGGGCGGGGGCGUUUACUGUCGUAACCGAAUCGAAAGAAGAGACAGCAAGAGUGAUGUCACAAUUGAAAAUCUUGAUUCGUGCGCUAUAUUCGAAUCCGCCAAUCAACGGCGCGAGAAUCGUUAGUGAGAUUUUGACAGAUCCGACAUUACGCGCUGACUGGUUGAAAGAGGUUAAGGGGAUGGCCGAUCGGAUUAUUUCUGUGCGAACCAAAUUAAGGGAUAAUUUGAAAAAGGAAGGGUCGACCAAAAAUUGGCAACACAUCACUGAUCAAAUUGGAAUGUUUUGUUACACGGGAAUGACUCCUGAUCAGGUGGAGAAGAUAACCAAAGAACAUAGUGUGUUUCUUACGAAAGAUGGAAGGAUAUCAAUGGCGGGUGUUACGUCAAAAAAUGUAGAGUAUUUGGCUCAUGCAAUGCAUACCGUCACCAAGUAGGUAGAUUCAAGAACAAAAGAGCGUCGUUUAUUUGGCAUUUUUGUGUUUUCUUUUUUGGCAUUUAUAUGUAAGUAAGCAUAUACAAGGUGUAACAAAUUUGUGCGUAAGUGUAGUUUAAGAAAAAAAAAGACAAUGAACUGUUACACCCUGUAUAUUAUGUAUUCUAGGUGCAAGUAUUAUAUAAUAGGAGCUGUCAAUUUUUACAAUUUAUUAAAAUAUACUUUAUAAAACAAUUUUUUUUGGAUGAACACAAUUCUUAAUACAGUUUGUGGCUUAAUUAAUUAGUUACAAUAAAAUAUUUUACAACUGUA